AUGGUUCGACUGGACACCCCAGAUCUGCUUUCGCAGAUGUCUUCACUUUCUCAGCCAGAGUCGAGCCAGCAAGGAAACGCGGGCACCUCGCAGUACGAUGAGCAGCAGACUCUCUCUGGCGCCAUCAACUACGCUGCCUGGCAGCCCAACGGGCAGGUUUCGACUUCGACGCGUUGGGCUGAGGUUUCGACUUCGACGUCUAUGAAUGCCGUCGAAGAUUCUUUUGCGUCGUUUCAGCCGUCUAUCCGUGUUCAGAACAUGUCGUAUCCUGCGAACGGCCCCUUUCAGCCUCAUCUCGCUGGUGACUUGUCUUCGCAGACCUCUAGCGGAUCCAUCAUGAAUGAUGCUCUCUCGAGAGAGUCCAUCUCCGAUGCAUCCACCCGCCGCGAGAGCCAGGGCAGUCAAGCGACGCAGAAAAAGAGGCAGAACAUGCUACGCAUCCCCGGUGCGCCGCCUACCGUGCAAUCUGCGCCUGUGCGCAACGGCGUGGACGUGUCGGCAAUUGCAGGCUCGACUGCAGCCGCCCACGGGGCUGGCGGGAGACCGAGCCAAGGAAGCUCGCUCAAGAACAUCGAGGCUGCUAUCCAAAGCUUCUGGCUGGUCUCGGAGAACAGGAUGCAACAGAUGCACGAAGAGCUUCGCUCGGUGUCGAUGCUCGUCAAGACUGCUUGCUACGAGCAGGAGCAGACCCGCCUGAAUGUCGGGCAGAUCCUGGCGCUCCAGGUACAGAUCACCGAGAAGAUAGUUCGCGCCGCCGACGAGAGGAAGUACAUCUUUGCUCGCAUCAAGACGCUCGAAGAGACAAUGGCCACUCAGCAUGCUCAGGUCCAGGAGGAGCUCGUGCUUAUCCGGAAAGAGCUCAAGGAGGGCUUGGACUCGGUCGUCGAGCAGACCCAAAGGGGACGUAAGCCGCCGGCUGCCAAGAGCGCAGGCAAUGGAGCAGCGGCAAAGAAUGGCAAGGCAGGCAGCCCUACCAGCAAGAAGGCCGCUACGAGUGCGGCGAAUGCCAAGAAGCGCAAGCAAUCGUCCGCCGAGGGGAUCGAAAACGUCUGCACUCCCAGCGCUGAUGUGGGCCAGCCUUCGACGCUGCGACCAUCGCCUCCGCAGAGGCCGGGCAGCGCCUUCGCCUUCCCUGAUUCACUACCCUCAUUCCAGGUGCAGGACGCAUCAUUCGCGCGCAUGCAGCCACAAACACAGCCCUAUACGAAGUCGGCGCCGCCCUACGUUCAGACGCACCAGCAGUCGGGUGGAUCGAUCGAGAUUGGCCUCUGCUCGUGA